AUGGAUCCCAGAGAACCUAGCCUCAACGAACGACGCUGUAUCAUCCGCCAUGACCUCGGCUUCUAUCACGGCCUCGCCGCGUCCGUUGUGUAUAAUGUCCCAGGGCCACAGAUCACCGACCUCGAAACUCUAGCUCAGAAGUUUGGACCAGCAUUACAGCAUUGUGUCGAACAGCAUCCCAUUCUCGGGCUGGUCAUCGAUAAAGCGGACACGGAGCAGCCUACCUUCCGACGUCUUUCUCAGCUCCAUCUGGGAUCGCAUCUGAUUCUGACCUGGCCGGGUGAAGUUAUGGUGGGCCGAUUGGAGGAGAAUGACGAGCAUGUUGUUGCCGAGAGAGCGAUGGAACGUGUGGUCAACGCUCGCUUCCAAGAUGUUGGAGAGGCUCCCCCAUGGCGGCUGUUCGUUAUCCCACUUCAGAGCGAUGAGUCAGCACAUCUCGAGCGAUCUCGAGCGCUCGUAGUGUUCAAUUAUUCUCACUCCCAUGGCGAUGGCAUAUCAGGUCUGGCUUUUCACCACUCCCUGCUGCAGGCUCUUGUCGACAACUCCCCGAGCAGAAAUGAAGCAGCCAGUAUGACGACCAGACAGACGGGAACUAAGCAGAUCCCACCGUCGCCAGACCCGAUGCCGAUAUCCUGGUCAUACAUGCUAGGAGUGCUUGCCAACGAGUUCCUGCCAGGGCUCCCCAGACUGUUGUUCUGGAGAGGAACCGUGGCGCCUCCGUGGACCGCAAAUCGUGCAGUUUUCAACGCACAUCAUUUUAGGACUGGCUCCAAGCUCUUGAUCAUUGACGGCAGCAUCUUGAAGCUUGCUCUGGCGCGGUGCAGGCAGAAUGGAAUCAAGAUGUCUGCGCUGCUGCAUCUUCUAGUCGUUCGCAGUUUGACCACCACGUUGAGAGAGAAUGGCAUCGAUCCUGCCUCCUUCGUCAGUGGUACACCUAUCGAUCUGCGCAAGCACUUUGCCCUAACCGCCAUGGACAUGAGCAUGAACCCAAGCACCGUCUCUUACCAGCACAAUACUGUGACCACUAGUCAACCAAUAUCGGACCCUGAAUUGUGCUCCGCUCGAGAAAUGACGGCAAAGUUUGCACAGGCCUCGAGCACGAUCCAAGAUCAGAUCAUCGGUCUUCUGAAAUAUGCCUCUCCCAUGAGAAAGUGGUUCCUGGACAAGCUGGGAAAGCCCCGUAGCACGAGCUACGAACUCAGCAACAUCGGGUCGUUCAAGCCCACUCGUUCUGCAAUUGUGCAUGUCGACCAUGUCUACUUCUCGCAGCCCGCCGAUGCUGUGGGUCAUCCGUUGUCGGUGAACGUGGUAAGCCUUGAUGGAGGGGAUCUGUCAAUCAUGCUGUCGUGGCAGAUCGGUGCGUUGGACCUCGAGGGAACGAUCGAGAAGCUUGAAGAGACCGAGCGAGGUUUUAUCGACGGUCUGGCCGCAUCCAUCAAGGCGGACUUUGUGCAUUGGGCCACGCCGUCUGAGAGGUAA